AGAAGAACAGGGACAAUGGACCAGAAAAACUGCUCAUUGACUAAAUUCAGGUUCGUGGGAAUUACCGGUAACCCCGAGAUGAAAGCGGCUCUAUUUACUGUGUUUCUCCUCGUUUAUGUUGUUGAUCUCCUGGGAAAUCUGGGAAUGAUCCUCCUAAUCAGAAUGGAGUCCCAGCUCCACACGCCCAUGUACUUCUUCCUCAGCCACCUGUCUUUCUGUGACCUCGGCUACUCAACGGCAAUUGGGCCCAAGAUGCUGGUGGACCUGUUCAGGAAGGACAAAUCCAUCCCUUUUCUGGGCUGUGCUCUGCAGUUCCUCAUCUCCUGCACCUUUGCAGAUUCGGAGUGCGUGCUGCUGGCGGUGAUGGCCUUCGACCGGUACAAGGCCAUAAGCAGUCCCCUGCUGUACACAACCCACAUGUCCAGGAGGCUGUGCUCCCUGCUGGUGGCUGGGGUUUACCUAGUGGGGCUGACAGACGCUCUGAUACACACCACACUGGCUUUCCGCCUGUGUUUCUGCGGGUCUAAUGAGAUCAAUCAUUUCUUCUGUGAUUUACCUCCACUUUAUCUCCUGUCCUGUUCUGACAUAGAGGUCAAUCAGCUCGUAUUAUUCAUCAUUUAUGGAUUCAUUGAACUGACCACCAUCUCAGGAGUCCUUAUCUCCUAUUGCUACAUCAUCUUAUCCAUUUUAAAGAUCUGCUCUGCCGAGGGGAGGUUCAAAGCUUUCUCCACCUGCACCUCUCACUUAACUGCCGUUGCCAUUUUCCAAGGAACUCUGCUUUUCACAUACUUCAGACCAAGUUCUUCCUACUCCCUAGACCAGGACAAAAUGACCUCACUGUUUUACACCCUGGUGAUUCCCAUGCUGAACCCGCUAAUCUACAGCCUACGGAAUAAGGAUGUGAAAGAAGCCCUGGAAAAAAUUAAAAAUAAAAGGUGGUUUUAA